AUGACCACUAUCAUUCUGGGCUCCCAGUGGGGUGACGAAGGCAAAGGGAAAAUCAGCGAUAUCCUCUGCGGCGAGGCUGAUCUGUGCGCUCGCGCCGCUGGCGGCCACAAUGCGGGACACUCGGUUCAUGCCAAUGGAGUGUCUUACGACUUCCACCUACUGCCCUCUGGUCUCAUAAGCCAGCGCUGCGUGAACCUGAUUGGUUCGGGCGUUGUCUUCAACGUCAAUGCCUUCUUUUCGGAACUGCAGGCGCUAGAGGACAAGGGCCUCAAGAACGUGCGCGAACGAAUUUUCGUUAGCGACCGCGCUCAGGUCAACCUUGAUCUGCACGCCCGUGUCGAUGGUCUCGAGGAGGCUGAGCUUGGCAAUCGCAAGAUUGGCACGACUGGUAGAGGAAUCGGGUGUAGUUAUUCCAACAAAGCCGCUCGCAACGGUAUCCGAGUCCAUGAAAUCUUCAAUGAGGCGCGUUUUGAGGAGAAGCUUCGCAUACUGGCGGCCGGAUACAAGAAGCGCUUUGGUGACCUUCUCGUAUACGACGUUGAGGAAGAGCUCAAGAAAUUCCAAGAGUGGCGUGAUAAGCUGGCACCCUUUUGCGUGGAUGCCGUCACUUUCAUGAAGACUGCUCAAGACGACCCCUCCAAAAAGAUCCUGGUUGAAGGCGCCAAUGCCCUUAUGCUGGACGUGGACUACGGCACAUAUCCUUACGUCACCAGCUCCAAUACAGGUCUUGGCGGUGCCAUCACCGGUCUAGCUUUGAACCCGACCAAAAUCAAGGAAGUCAUCGGUGUUGUCAAGGCGUAUACGACUCGUGUCGGCGCCGGAAUCUUCAAGACCGAGGAUCUCGGCGAACAUGGUACCAAGCUCCAAGAAAUUGGCCGCGAAUGGGGUGUGUCAACCGGCCGUCGCCGCCGCUGCGGCUGGCUAGACCUCGCUGUACUCCGGUUUUCGUGCGCUGUCAACCACUACACGGCGUUGAACUUGACCAAGCUCGACAUUCUCGACACCUUCCCCGUGAUUCAGGUUGCUGUCGCGUACAAGGACCCUGAAACGGGUGACUUGAUUGACUUCUUCCCUGCCGAUCUUGAAUACCUUGAGAAAUGCGAGGUCGUGUACGAAGAGUUCAAGGGCUGGAACACACCCAUCACCUCGGUCAAGAAGUAUGAGGACUUGCCUACGGAGGCUCGAGAGUACAUCGAGUACAUUGAAAAGUUCUUGGGCACCCCCGUCAAGUGGAUCGGUACUGGACCCAACCGCGACGACAUGAUUUUCCGGUAA